CGGAGAUCCUGGUCUGAAGCAAAAGGCUUUAGUGUUAGGUGCCACCCGUCUGGCUGGGUAACAACCUGCUCCCUGCAACAAGGCGAAGAUGGAGGAGCCCGGCAGCCCCGCACUCCAGGCUGUUCUCUUCGAGCCGUUCCCCACCAGCACCAUACCGAGCCCAGAUCCCCCCUUCGCCCUCUCAGAGCAGGCUCCCGCCCUGGAGAAGGGCUUUGAGGAGUGGGCCGUCAGCGGGGGCAGCGGGCUGAACGACAGUGAGCCCGAGGACUUCCUCAACGUGCUCAUCGACCCCAACGAGGUGUACAGCCCGGGCAGCAACAGUGGCAUCUCGGACGAGCCCAGCUCGGCCAGCCCCCAGCCCAGCGAGGGGGCCCCCGCCGCCUUCUGUGACCAGAGCGCCCCCCUCCACAGCGACGUGGUCUCCAUCCAGCUGGGUGACUGGUCGUCCCCUCUGCUGAUCCCCGACGCCUGCAUCGUGAAUGAGCUGCCGUCUGCACCCCCGUCCGCCCUGGCCAGGCCUGGCACCGUGCCCAUGGUGGUGAGCGCUGGGGACAUGCAGGCAGCUGUGGCCCUGCAGCUGCAGUUCCCGGAUCUGUUCCUGACGGACGAGGAGAAGCGGCUGCUCUCGCAAGAGGGGGUGUCCCUGCCCCGUAACCUGCCCCUCACCAAGGCCGAGGAGCGGCUCCUGAAGAAGGUGCGGAGGAAGAUCCGGAACAAGCAGUCGGCCCAGGACAGCCGGCGGCGGAAGAAGGAAUACGUCGACGGGCUGGAGAACCGGGUGGCAGCAUGUUCAGCCCAGAACCAGCAGCUGCAGAAGAAGGUGCAGGAGCUGGAGAAACACAAUUUGUCCCUGCUGGGCCAGCUGCGAAAGCUGCAAGCGCUGAUCAAACCCACGUCCAGCAAGGCAGCACAGACCAGCACCUGCGUCCUGAUCCUGAUCUUCUCCCUGGGACUCAUCAUCUUCCCCAGCUACAGCCCCCUGCGCAGGGGGGCGCGGGGCAGCCAGGACGGCUACCAGCCCACCGGAGUGAUCUCCAGGAACAUCCUGAACCAGGGGGAGUUCUCAGAACUGGCCGAAGCCCCCGGCACCCAGGAGCCACUGACCCCAGAGCCUGAACCACCCGUGGGGGAGCAGCUGGGGCCUGAGGCCGCGGCGGAGGAUGGAGUGGAAGGGGCAGACGGGAGCCAGAAGAAGGGCACAAACACGUCCGCUCAGACCCAGCUGGAGCAGCCGGUGGCUCCCAUGGGGCUGCCCCAGGGGAACGGACCCGGAGCCAGCAGGGACGCAGCUAAGUCAGUCCAUGCCGACGAGAUGUGAGGGGCAGCAGGGACCAGACUGGCCGGAGAGCUGCUUUCCCAGGGCUGGCUCGGGGACGGGGGGCACAGCAUCUCCAGGGGCCCCCUGGGGCACUUGCCGAACCCCCUCUCCCCACGCUGGUGUCAGUGCUGGCAUGAGGGGCCGGGCGAGGGAGCCAGCCCCAGCUCUCAUGCCCUGGCCAGCCUGGCUCGCUCCCCGGUCUCUGUGCAGCUGGGACAUCCCCCUCUGGUGCCUCCUGCCGAGUCAACUCCGGGGCCUUGCUGGGGCACCUGGCAUGGCAAUAAAUCCCUUCCCUCCCCUGUGGGGCACUGCCAGGCCAGGAACAAGGGGGGCCGCAUGCCGCUCCUCAGCUGUGCUCUGAAUGGCCCAGAGCUCCCUCCCCGACCCCCAGCCCCUGGGUCACACCAGGCUCCCCACGCAGGGCAGAGCAGCCUAGCCCACUGCUUCCCUGGGACGGGCAAAGUGCUCUCAGGAGCCACGCUGCACCUGUGCCUGCCCCACACCGCCCUUAAAACACGGGGGGCUCUGAGGCCAGGUAGCCCCGGGCAAGCGGGCCAGCUCAUCGGAUCACCUACAGGGCUCGGAUCGAGCCACCCACGCCCUUUCCUGGGCUACCUGAGAGAGUCCCCAGCCAGUGCUGGGCUGCGGGAUCCCAGCCGCUCCUGCCCUCGGCGCUGCUGGGUUGUCCCCGGCCCUGGAGGUCCUGCUCCGCACGGACCCUUUGGAAUCAGUCCCGGCUGCCUUACUGGGGGCAUCUCCCUCUGCCAUGAGGUUUGUAGCAAGCCUGGGAAGACAGGAGGCUUCUGACACCUUCAGCCCUUGUCUAGAUUGUACCGAGCACAACACGUCUUCCGUUCGUCUCGUACCCUGGCCUUCCUCCUCCACGUGCGGCCAGGUCUUUUCACGCUAACAUCUUCCCAGCUCUUUGGAGGUCGGCCGUGGUCAUUUCAGUUCCCGCGGGGACCGCUGGGCGACAGCUGCAAUCCAUCGAUUGUCAGUGAGACUCACUAGAUGCUCAUCGCCUGUGACGAACUGGGCCUGUUCUCACUGUGGUCUGUGAAUGCUGACAGGGGAGUGUGCUGGGCUAGUCUGCAUUGUAGGAUGGGAUCUGCCCGAGGGCGCAUACCUGAGUGUGUAACAUGAGAACCCAGGAAGGGGUUGAAGGGGAGGCGACUCCUUAGCCCGGGAAACUGAACAAAGGCUGUGGGAGGGGUCGCGGAAAGCAGAGGGCUGGAAGCAG